AUGGACAAGGAGGGACAGCCAUGUGAAACCCAGUACCGGAGCGGGAAUGGCAACGAAGAUACUAUUUUACUUCUUGUUACGGUCUUCAACGAUGCUUUGGUUCCACCGGGUGCCCGCACGGAAUUCCCUACCGCACAUGAAGAUAUUACUGAGGAAGAAUAUCGCAAGGAUCUGCAAUGCAUGCACAAAAUGGCCGUGCAAGUGGGCGUGAACGUGUACAUGAAUGUGCUGCAGCUACUACCGAUUCCGCUCCGCGGCGCAGUGGAAAGAAAAACAUUUAACCUAAUACAGCUAGCGAGGUACGAAGCGAUAGGGAGCCCAUUCAUGGCGAUACACCAUGGCGGUUGCGAAAACGGCUUUCCUGAUUAUGGGGCAGUGUUAAUGAGGAACUUUGACGCUGAGCUAAAGAAAGUGCUGGAGGGGGUCGACUUUGAGGACUACGAUGAUAACCAAAAAGUGCCCAAGCAUGCAAUUCGGAAGGCUCUUUUGGAGGAAAUCAGGCCUCUGUUCUAUGAGAUACUCACGGAGGUGCGUAACAAGACAUUGGAGAAGUUUUUCAAGUAG